AUGACAAACAACGCUGCAGAAAGCCUUAACAACGUGACUGAAGAAUUCCGGGCAUAUCCAAUAACUACUCUAGUUGAGUUCAUAAGGUUCACACUACAAAAUUGGUUUGCUAACCGUCUCGAGAAGGCAAGUAAGUGUGUUACCCCUUUGGCAACUCAUUUUGAGGAAGAUUUGAUAAAGCAACACGAGGAUGGUAGACGUAGAAGUGUCCUACGUAACGGCGGAGAUGUGAACUUAGUUGAGAGAACAUGCACUUGCGGCAUGUUCCAAUUGUUGAAAAUUCCUUGUCCCCAUGCAUGUGCCGCAGCGCUUACUCAGAAUGUCAGUGUCUACGCUCUGUCAUCCCCCUAUUACACAAAGGACACGUGGAAGAAUACUUACGAUGCAACAAUUAAUCUUGUGGGCGAGGAGGAUGAAUGGGUGCUUCCAGAACACAUGCAGAACAUGAGAAUCGGUGUACCAGUGGAGAAAAAACCUGUAGGUCGUCCAAGAAAGAGCAAUGCAGGAAGACUACGGACUAACCGAUUUCCAUCGAACGGUCAAAAAGUUAAGGAACCACGCAAAUGUUCAAACUGUGGCGCAUUGGGACACAACAAAGCUACUUGCAAGGCCAGGGUUUGA